GUGGAGGUGGAGCUGUCGCUGUUCCUGACAUUAGUCUAUAUAUUUAUCUGUUGCCUCGUUCUUUCACGAACAUCUACGUCUUCGACAACACGAAACACGACUGAAACAAACGCACUGGCUUUGCGAUUCACACAGAUACAGUACAGCAUAGAAAAGUACCGCUCCUGAGAGGUAUUUGGUACAGGCCAGCUUGAUCGAAGGCAGCCUGUGGGGCGUCCGGGAUCCGGAUCAUUGUGCCAACCUCCAUCACGGGACAGCGGUCGAUAAAAUGACCCAGAUCCCCGCACCUACAACAGGCCAGCCCAGGCCUCCCCGCCGCCCUAGCAGCAGGAAGCAGGCCAAGAGAUUGGUGAGAAGAGGGCGGAGGGACGGGAGAGCUGGUAGUAGGGCCGCCGUACGGGUCCGCGCCUCUGGGAGGCACCUUCGCAAAAGGGGGGAAAAUCCAGCUCCCAUUGUUCCCCGGGAGUGAGGAGCUGCCCGCGGCUGCAGAUCCGGCCGGGACCUUGGAAACGGAGUUGGAUGGGGGAAGAAACAGAGGUAGAGAGAGAUCGGAGGGGUUCGCCGACCCUGGGGAACGCCGACCCCGGGGCUUGCCGCCAUUUGGUCCUCCGCCAGCUAGAUGGCCUAGGUCAGCGACGUCGGCCGGUGGCACUGGACCCACUAGGGUCAAGAUGCCCUACCCACCAACUCAGUGACCUCAAGAAGUGUCAACAACAUUCCCAUUCAACAUCCAACAUGAACACCUCAGAGAUCACCACCCCGUCCCUCUGGGCCUUUUCGAUCAACUCCAGCUCCGUCCUCUACCCACUCAACACUACAGAGACCAAGCCGAAAGCAUGCGAGCAACUCAACAUUGCCACCGAGGUGUUCCUCAUCCUCGGCAUCGUCAGUCUUCUGGAGAACAUCUUGGUCAUAUGCGCCAUUGUGAAAAACAAGAACUUGCACUCGCCCAUGUACUUCUUCGUCUGCAGCUUGGCUGUGGCCGACAUGCUGGUGAGCGUCUCCAACGCCUGGGAAACCAUCGUCAUCUACUUGCUCAACAACCAACAGCUGGUGGUUGAAGACCAUUUCAUCAGACAGAUGGACAAUGUCUUUGACUCCAUGAUCUGCAUCUCGGUGGUGGCGUCUAUGUGCAGCCUUCUAGCUAUAGCCGUAGAUCGCUACAUCACGAUUUUCUACGCUUUGCGAUACCACAACAUCAUGACGGUGCGACGAGCUGCCCUUAUCAUCGGAGGCAUCUGGACCUUCUGCACAGGCUGCGGCAUCGUCUUCAUAAUCUACUCCGACAACACGUCUGUCAUCGUGUGUUUGAUCUCCAUGUUCUUUAUCAUGUUAGCGCUCAUGGCUUCUCUUUACAGCCACAUGUUCAUGUUGGCCCGCUCUCACGUCAAGCGCAUCGCCGCUCUGCCGGGCUACAACUCCAUUCACCAGCGGGCCAGCAUGAAGGCAGCAGUCACCCUAACCAUUCUCCUGGGUAUCUUCAUCGUCUGCUGGGCUCCAUUCUUUCUCCACCUCAUCCUCAUGAUCUCGUGUCCCCGGAACCUCUACUGCACGUGCUUCAUGUCUCAUUUCAACAUGUACCUCAUCCUCAUCAUGUGCAACUCCGUCAUCGACCCGCUCAUUUACGCUUUUAGAAGCCAGGAGAUGCGGAAAACCCUCAAGGAAAUUAUCUGCUGCUACAGCCUGAGGAACGUCUUUGAAAUGUCCAGGUAACAUCGAACCAGGAAUGAAAUCAGAGAUGGAUGGACAAAAGAACUACAAAAGUCAUUUCAUAAAAGACGAAUGCCCCCCAGCCUGGCUGAUCUAGAUUGAAAAUAUUCUUUUUACAUUUGAAGACACAAAAUUUAAACUCUCCAAUUGAAAAGGACGCAAGUAAGAAUUCACCAUAUCUAACAAGACAACAGUGUAUAUGAAGGUUAUAUUUAGCAGUCGUAAUAUUGUUGGUGAAUUAAGAAUGCUCGAGGACUUUAAAACCACAUAAUCAUUGACUGACAAUAUCAUUAUUUCAUUCUUUCCAGCGACACCGUUUAUAGUACAAAUAAGUGAUUCAUGUCAAAUUAAACAGCUUGUUUACAAGAGAUCACAACUCUGAAGUGGCAUGAUGUCUAUGGACAGAAAUUCUAUUUAAAAUUGAAAUUUAAUUUUUUAAUAACAGCCCUCUCUUGUGUUAAAACACCAUAAUACAUAAACACAGUGUCAUCUAGACCGAACACAGAGAACAGUGUGCAUGAAUAAUAAGGACAGACCAACUGUUACUAAAUUACUGUCAUACUCUUUGUGGUAUGUUUUCAAGACCCCAGGGAAAGAUAUCGAAGAAUUGUGGGUAGCAAAACGACCAGUAUCCCAGGAUCUUGAAAGACAAAAUGGCUUUUGAGAAAAAAAUGUUCGUAUAUACUUGUAUAAUGUGUAUAUUUACAUGUAGAAAAAUGCUAUACUUAAAGAUCGCGUAUCACAGGCAGUUUCUGCCAAUCUCAUAUUAAUCUUGAGUGCCUAUACAGUAGUAUUGCAUACGUCGUAUCUUCGAAGAGUAUUUAGUUUGAACAAAUUUAUAAAAAAGAGAUACAGCUGAACGAUUAAUUCCGGAAAAACACGAGCUGCUAGAGGUGGGACUAGUGGGACUAGUAGUGGAGAGGAACUACAGCACGAGCAAGCAACACAUCAUCACAUUAAUCCCUUCGUGUUUUGUACAUUAUGCACGUACACGCUGAUUGCCAACAAAACACAGACGUAUGACUUAGUUUGACUUACCGUGUGC